GCACGUUUACCGAAACAGUUUGGCUGGGCGUCACAAAGCAAAGAGAGGCAGGCAAGCAGACGCACGUACUUACUCCAAACUGUGCAUGAACUUCAGAAGGAUAAUGGAUUAACCCAUCAAACAGACACCAAAAAAGUCUACCACGGCAUCCAGAUGUCAAUGUAUUGGAAGAAAACAUCCACCCACGAGGGAAUGACUCACCGUUUAACGUAGUUGAUUAAACGAGCGCCGGAGCGGACUGGGAGAUUGAGCGAGCGUCGUGCGUUUUGUUUGUUUGUUGGGUGCAUUUCUGGUACUUAAGGCGCGUGCAAAGUUUGUUUUUAUGGGUUGAGGAGCUCGGAGUUUGCUUAUCAUACACUUUUACGCGCAAGAGAUCGGUGCCUAAUAUGGGGAGCACCCGGCGGGAAUCCCUCAGACGCGCGGGCGCAUCUUCAUGAAGUGCAGCACAUCAAUCAACUCUGGGUUCAACUGCGCUCGACGUGACUUAGAAGAAAGCAAAUAACGUGUUUUUGGUAGUUUGCCAUUAUUAAAAAAGCUGCUAAAGUGAAAUAAUUUGAAGUUAUCGCCUGGAGAAGAUGGUGCGUCAGGAGGUCGCCAGCAGAUUUCAGAUGCUGCUACUGGUGUGGUCAAUAUCUGUGGCGAGUUUUGGGACCGGCUUCCCCACCAGGCAUAAAAAUGUUGCCCAUAAGGGUCACUUCCCCCACUCUGAUCCACUGCAGUACGAUCCAGAGGAGUCGGAGCAGCACAACCAGGUGCAGUCUCUGCCUGAGCCCCCGGGCCCCCUCAGGAGGUGGUCCCACCCUCAGCAGCGCUCUGUGGGGGUCCUGCCUCAGCCCGAGCCCCAAGAGGAGACACAACCCUUCAUCCUGGACCUCCACAACCUCCCAGACCUGAGCAACGCUGAGGUUAAUGAGAACCCCAAUAUACAGGUGACUAUUGAGGUGGUGGACGACCCUCAGAUGGAGCUGGAGAUGGAUUUGGCGAAGGAGAAAGAAUGGCUCCCUCCGUCGCCGCCCUCCUCCGUGGACCUGACCGGGGGAAAGCAGCUUUUUUGGCCUUUGUUCUGGAGCUACACCGACACAGACUCCAGUGAAGAGAACAGCAGCCGCUCCAGCACUCAGGACCCAGAGGAGGAGGAGGAGGAGGAGGAGGAAGACUACUCUGUGGACUACAGUGAAGAGCCUUUACCCAGUGGAGUGGGCAGCGACUGGGAUACUCAUUGGAACGAAGGCUGGGAUCCAAUACAAAGCUACCAUGAAAAGGACCCAGAGGAGUGGACUCCCUGGUCUCCGUGCUCAGUGACGUGUGGACAUGGAGAGAGGAAGAGGACCAAAUCCUGUGGGUACUCCUGCACCCUGACAGAAGCGGCCCGCUGUGACCUGGACCCCUGCCCCGGGGAGGACAACACUGUGGCAGAUCCAUUCCCCUUUGAAAUGGAGAAUGGCACAGAACCAUUUGGCACAGACGUGGACAGCUGUGAGAAGUGGCUGAGCUGUAAGAGUGACUUCCUUCAGCAGUACAUGACCCUGGCCCUCUCCGAGCUGCCCCACUGCCCCUGCUCAUACCCCUCUGACGUCUCCUACACAGUGGUCAGUGUGUUCGACGAAGGUCAGGACCGCCCCUUUCGCUGGAGGGACGCCAGCGGUCCCAAAGAGAGGCUGGACGUGUACAAGCCCUCCGCCCGCAGCUGCAUCCGCUCCGCGCUGUCUGCGGACCUGUCCACUCUGGCGGCGCAGCACUGUUGCUACGACGACCGCGGGCGUCUCAUCACUCGGGGCAAAAGCGCAGGGACGCCCAACCUCAUCAGCACCGAGUUCUCCCCCGAUCUCCACUUUAAAGUCGACGUUCUGCCCUGGAUCCUGUGCAAAGGGGACUGGAGUCGCUUCCACACCGUCAGACCGCCCAAUAACGGACUCAAGUGUCCCGAGAACCCUCACGAAGACGUCUUUAUGAACGAACUGGAAGAAGCGCGGGAAUAUUGAGGACAACAGCCAAAACUGCACUCCACACACGAGCCACAGGUUACGCUCAUUCUAGGGCUGUAGUCGACUAAAACGGGGCGUGGCGGGACACUGAGACAAGAAUUCAUACAAAAUUAUUAGGAUUUCAGCAAAAACAACUAUAGAUACAAAGAAAUAAUAGUGAAAAGCAUUUGCACAAGUGAACAGGCAGGUUAAACUCAGUCAAAACUGCAGAUAAUUCAACUCCAUGAUCUUUCCUUUCUUAAUCUCAGUAAAAUAAUUAGUCAACGCCAUCGACCAAACGACUACAGCCCUAGCUAAUUCAGCGAAAACUCACCUACUACGAGAAAGAAGACGAGAGAGUGCUCCAGAGGCUACAGGUGUCCCCAACCCAUGUCCCCGUCAAAACCAUGCUCCCUUAUUGUUUAUCCAGCACUGGCUUCUUUAUACAGUUCAUAAGCAUGUUCAUGAGAUGUCUACUGGCUGACGUUGGUAUUUUGUUUGGUAUUUGAAGAAUAAAAACACUGGGGAUAGUGAGCGACGCAGGUGAUACUGUUAAUAUUGCUGCUAUUUUAAACAAAAUUGGAUUUAAAUGUGCAAAGUAAGACAUUGGUACACACAAAAAAAAGAAUGGACAGUGAAAUUACUAGUCCAAAUGAGGCUUGCGGACAUCUGUCUGGUGUAACAGAUUCGAGCAGCCUUUACAGAAAAAAAAGAUUGGAUUUCAAACGUUUGGCGCUGAGAUAUGUUGCAUUUUGACAGCCAGGAAAAUCUCUGAUCAGGGUGCCAAAGAGUUAAGAGCCAGACGAUUGGUGCCUGCGUAAACCCAGUCUCUACGGUGCAAAUGUAGGAAAACAUAUUGUACAAUGAGUAGCUUGUGCUCGUAGAUGUGUCUCGAAAAACCUUCUCAGGGGAAUUUACUGACCGUGGGUAAAAUGUCUUCAUUACCUCUACAGUGUCACACGAGUUUGGGCUAAAACAUGCUAUAAGCUGUGUAAUCCAAAUACAUAUUAAAGGAUUAGGUCAGUAAAUGUAGUGAUUAAAGGGCCCGUAUUACGCUAUUUUCUGAUCGUUGAUGUUAUAAUGUUGCUCGUCAUCAUAAACAGACCUGGAGUUUUGUUUUGUUUCAUUCACUCAUGCACCAUCAAUAGAGUCAUUUGGAUAAUUUCAGCCAUAGAAUUCUCUUUUUCUACUACACUAAAGGUAAAAAGUAGCUGUUAACUUGAAAAUUAACGCUUCAUGACAUGUUUUUUGAGCUUUGGAGACGUAAACUGACCAAUAACGCAGGUUUGCUCAAACAUGUGCGAACGAAACAACACACAACUCGGGUAUGUUUUUGAGUAGCUAACAACGUUAUAACACAAUAGUCAAUUUUGCGUAAUCUAGGACCUUUAAAAAAAACAAAAAAACACUGAUGGUUGGUAGUUUUCAGUCCCAGUUUGGAGCAGAAAGAAUGAACAACAUUGCAACACAGUAAUAGUAACAUGCCAGAUUAAAAAAAAUAUAUAUUGGACUUCGAUUUUAAACACCUAAACUCCACCCACAGCCACAGUCCAAAUGAUCUGCUAAACUGGGCAGUGCCUGGAGGACUAAAGGAGAGAGUGAUCGGUCUAACAGGCAUAACCACUUCAAACCAGUAGACCCCAGGAAGAAGAAUACAAAUGAUUUUUUUUUUAAAUUUCAGUAGCAAAUCGGGAUCUAAAUAACAGAACGAAAGAAAACUUCACCUCUACAGCCAGGAGUCACAGCUUAAUCAGAGCAGAGGACUGUUGAAAUGUAUUGGCGGUACAUUUUGGACACAUCUAAACUGAAAAAUAAUAAAUAAUAGGACUAGGAAUAGGACCAGUCGACAAUGCUAUUAAAAUCGUCGUAUAUACACGGCUAAGAAGAUUAUAAAAAAUAGUAGAUUUAGUCCCAAUUUAAGACAAUCAUGACUUAAUAAAGGCUACACACGUGUUUUUUAGCUUACAUGCUAGUACAAAACAUGGGCAAUUCAAGCUAUUUUAGCAGCAAUCGCGAAAUAGAUGGAAUUUACAGAUGAAACUAUGUACCAGUAGCUUUUAGUAGAGCAUUUGUCCGCUGAUCUGAAGUUUGGCGGUUCAAAUCCCACUCUCGACGUAAAAAUCAUUAGCUGAGCGGUGAGAUCCACUGAACCCACAGGUUGGCGGAGUGAUUCUUGUGCAAGACACUUAACCCCCCUCGCCCGGUCUGUUGAUGUAAAGCGCUUUGAGUGUCUUGAAGGUGGAAAAGCGCUAUAUAAAAACGUGACCAUUUACCACACUAUACUCCAAACUGGGACUGAAAGUAUAUUCAGUGUACAGCUCUUCUACCGUACUUAUUAGAAGAUAUGUUAACUAAUAAAUGUGCAUUAGUGAUUCCAUUAAUUUUUUUGUUUGACUGGAUGGAGAGGGCAACACACACACAUAGGUAAAGGCCAAUAAUUUAGCCUGAGACAAAAAAUAUACCUAAUUUAAACUUACAAACUGGCAACCACAGCCGUAAUUUACCCUUUAAACCCUUACAGUAGCUCUGUCUGUCCAGUCAAAAAAAGUCUUAUGUAUCUUUCAGGACCUCUGUUUCCUUGUGUAAUUCUUAACAUGCAUUUUACUUUAUGGAUUCAACCAUCUUAUAUGAAGGCACUUUAUUUAUCAUGUACAUACAAAACAAAAUCUAGUUGCCAUAGAAACAGUGUGAAGAGAAACUAGCCAGAAAUGCUGCAAAAGGUCUCCUGUUGAACCGCAUGGUCGUGUUUGAUUUAUGAAGUUAGUUUAAGGUGUUGUACAGUAUUUAUUUGUCAGAUAUAUUUUUUAAGUUUUCUUAAGCUUAAUCUGUACAUACAUGGUGCACUAAUAAAACAUAAAAUGAAGACGUCUUGUUUCAAAAAGGGAACCGGCGAUAUGUGGUAUACAUCUUUGUACAUUGCGUUCUAUGUUGAUGCAAAUACUUCAGAAAUAUAUAAAGA